AUGUGUGUUACUUAUCACAAUGGCACAGGAUACUGCAAAUGUCCAGAAGGCUUUUUGGGAGAAUACUGUCAACAUCGAGACCCCUGUGAGAGGAAUCGCUGCCAGAAUGGUGGGACCUGUGUGGCCCAGGCCAUGUUGGGGAAAGCUACAUGCCGAUGUACCCCAGGGUUCACAGGCGAAGACUGCCAGUAUUCCACCUCUCACCCUUGCUUCAUGUCUCGCCCUUGUUUGAAUGGCGGCACCUGCCACAUGCUCAGCCGAGAUACCUAUGAGUGCACCUGCCAAGUUGGUUUUACAGGGAAACUGUGCCAAUGGACCGAUGCCUGCCUGUCUCAUCCCUGUGCAAAUGGAAGUUCCUGCACUACUGUGGCCAACCAUUUCUCUUGCAAAUGCCUCUCAGGAUUCACAGGACAGAAGUGUGAGACUGAUAUCAAUGAGUGUGACAUUCCAGGACGGUGCCAGCAUGGUGGUACCUGCCUCAACCUCCCAGGUUCUUAUCAGUGCCAGUGCCCCCAGGGCUUCACAGGACAGCACUGUGAUAGCCCCUAUGUGCCCUGUGCACCCUCCCCCUGUGUCAAUGGCGGCACCUGUCGGCAAACUGGUGACUUCACUUUUGAGUGCAACUGCCUUCCAGGAUUUGAAGGGAACACCUGUGAGCGGAAUAUUGACGACUGCCCUAACCACAAGUGUCAGAAUGGAGGGGUUUGUGUGGAUGGAGUCAAUACUUACAACUGCCGCUGCCCCCCUCAGUGGACUGGACAAUUCUGCACUGAAGAUGUGGAUGAAUGUCUGCUGCAACCCAAUGCCUGUCAAAACGGGGGCACCUGUACCAACCGCAAUGGGGGCUACGGCUGUGUGUGUGUUAAUGGUUGGAGUGGAGAUGACUGCAGUGAGAACAUUGAUGACUGUGCCUUCGCCUCCUGCACUGCAGGCUCCACCUGCAUUGACCGCGUGGCCUCCUUCUCUUGCAUGUGCCCAGAAGGAAAGGCAGGUCUGUUGUGUCAUCUGGAUGAUGCAUGCAUCAGCAAUCCUUGCCACAAGGGGGCACUAUGUGACACCAACCCGCUGAAUGGGCAGUAUAUUUGCACCUGCCCACAAGGCUACAAAGGAGCUGACUGUACAGAAGAUGUAGAUGAGUGUGCCAUGGGUGACAAUCCAUGUGAGCACGCAGGGAAAUGUGUGAAUACAGAAGGUGCUUUCCACUGUGAAUGUCUAAAGGGCUAUGCAGGGCCUCGUUGUGAAAUGGACAUCAAUGAAUGUCAUUCAGACCCCUGCCAGAACGAUGCCACCUGUUUGGAUAAGAUUGGAGGAUUCACAUGUCUGUGCAUGCCAGGUUUCAAAGGUGUGCAUUGUGAAUUGGAGAUAAAUGAAUGUCAGAGCAACCCUUGUGUGAACAAUGGGCAGUGUGUGGAUAAAGUCAAUCGCUUUCAGUGUCUGUGUCCGCCUGGUUUCACUGGGCCUGUUUGUCAGAUUGAUAUUGAUGACUGUUCCAGUACUCCGUGUCUGAAUGGGGCAAAGUGUAUUGAUCACCCAAAUGGAUAUGAAUGCCAGUGUGCCACAGGUUUCACUGGUGUGUUGUGUGAGGAGAACAUAGACAACUGUGACCCUGACCCUUGCCACCAUGGCCAGUGCCAGGAUGGUAUUGAUUCCUACACCUGCAUCUGCAAUCCCGGAUACAUGGGAACCAUCUGCAGUGACCAGGUUGAUGAAUGUGACAGCAGCCCUUGCUUGAAUGAUGGUCGCUGCAUUGACCUGGUAAAUGGCUACCAGUGCAACUGCCAGCCAGGCACAUCAGGGAUUAACUGUGAAAUUAAUUUUGAUGACUGUGCAAGUAAUCCUUGUGUCCAUGGAGUAUGUAAGGAUGGCAUUAACCGCUAUAGCUGUGCCUGUUCACCAGGCUUCACAGGGCAGAGAUGUAACAUUGACAUUGAUGAAUGUGCCUCCAAUCCCUGUCGGAAAGGUGCCACAUGUAUCAACGAUGUGAACAGUUUUCGCUGUAUAUGCCCCGAGGGACCCCAUCACCCCAGCUGCUAUUCUCAGGUGAAUGAGUGCCUGAGCAAUCCCUGCGUCCACGGAAACUGCACUGGCGGCCUCAGCGGAUACAAGUGCCUCUGUGACGCAGGUUGGGUUGGCAUCAACUGUGAAGUGGACAAAAACGAGUGCCUUUCUAACCCAUGCCAGAAUGGAGGAACUUGCGACAAUCUGGUGAAUGGUUAUAGGUGUACUUGCAAGAAGGGCUUUAAAGGCCAUAACUGUCAGGUGAAUAUUGAUGAGUGUGCUUCAAAUCCAUGUCUGAACGAAGGAACCUGCUCUGAUGACAUAAGUGGCUACACUUGCCACUGUGUGCUCCCAUACACAGGCAAAAAUUGUCAGACUGUAUUGGCUCCCUGUUCCCCAAACCCUUGUGAGAAUGCUGCUGUUUGCAAAGAGGCACCAAAUUUUGAGAGUUACACCUGUCUGUGUACUCCUGGCUGGAAAGGUCAGCGGUGUAUGAUAGACGUUGAUGAAUGUGUCUCCAGGCCCUGCAUGAACCAUGGUGUCUGUCAUAACACUCCAGGCAGCUACAUGUGUGAGUGCCCUCCAGGCUUCAGUGGUAUGGACUGUGAGGAGGACAUCGAUGACUGCCUUGCCAAUCCUUGUCAGAAUGGAGGUUCCUGUGUGGAUGGAGUCAAUACUUUUUCCUGCCUCUGCCUUCCGGGAUUCAUUGGAGAUAGGUGCCAGACGGACAUGGAUGAGUGUCUGAGUGAACCCUGUAAGAAUGGAGGGACCUGCUCGGACUACGUCAGUAGUUACACCUGCAAAUGUCAGGCGGGAUUUGAUGGAGUCCACUGUGAGAACAACAUUGAUGAGUGCACGGAGAGCUCCUGUUUCAAUGGUGGCACAUGCCUCGAUGGGAUUAACUCCUUCUCCUGCCUGUGCCCUAUGGGCUUCACUGGCCCCUUCUGCCUCCAUGAGAUCAAUGAAUGCAACUCUCACCCAUGCCUAAAUGAGGGAACGUGUGUUGAUGGCCUGGGUACCUACCGCUGCACCUGUCCCUUGGGCUACACUGGGAAAAAUUGUCAGUCCCUGGUGAACCUCUGCAGCCAGUCUCCAUGUAAAAACAAAGGUACCUGCGUUCAGGACAGAGCACAGUUCCGGUGCCUGUGUCCCCUGGGAUGGGCUGGUGCCUACUGUGACGUGCCCAGGGUCUCCUGUGAGGUGGCAGCCUCCCGCAGAGGAGUGCCUGUCGACCACCUGUGCCAGCACUCUGGGAUCUGUAUCAGUGCUGGCAACACACAUCACUGCCAGUGCCCCAUGGGCUACACCGGGAGCUACUGUGAGGAACAGCUGGAUGAGUGUGGGUCCAAUCCCUGCCAGCACGGAGCCACAUGCAAUGACUUCCUUGGUGGAUACCGAUGCGAGUGUGUUCCAGGAUAUCAGGGUGUCAACUGUGAGUAUGAAGUGGAUGAGUGCCAGAACCAGCCAUGCCAGAACGGAGGCACCUGUAUUGACCUUGUGAACCAUUUCAAGUGCUCCUGCCCUCCAGGCACUCGGGGCCUGCUUUGUGAAGAGAACAUCGAUGACUGCGCUGGGGGUCCCCACUGCCUUAAUGGUGGUCAGUGUGUGGAUAAGAUUGGGGGCUACACUUGUCGCUGCUUGCCUGGCUUUGCUGGUGAACGGUGUGAGGGGGACAUCAAUGAGUGCCUCUCAAACCCCUGCGGCUCUGAGGGCAGCCUGGACUGCAUACAGCUUACCAAUGACUACCUGUGCGUCUGCCGCAGUGCCUUCACUGGCCGUCACUGUGAAACCUUCGUGGAUGUGUGUCCCCAGAUGCCUUGCCUCAAUGGAGGGACUUGUGCUGUGGCUAGCAACAUGCCUGAUGGUUUCAUUUGUCGUUGUCCCCCGGGAUUCUCUGGGGCAAGAUGCCAGAGCAGCUGUGGACAAGUGAAGUGUAGGAGAGGGGAGCAGUGUAUGCAUACUGCCUCAGGACCCCGCUGCUUCUGCCCCAAUCCCCAAGACUGUGAGCCAGGAUGUACUAGCAGCCCCUGCCAGCAUGGAGGUACCUGCUAUCCUCAGCACCAGCCUCCUUAUUACUCUUGCAAGUGCAUUUCCCCAUUCUGGGGCAGCCACUGUGAACUCUACACAGCCCCCACCAGCAUGCCUCCUGCUACCUGUCUCAGCCAGUAUUGUGCUGACAAAGCCCGGGAUGGUGUCUGUGAUGAGGCCUGCAACAGCCAUGCCUGCCAGUGGGAUGGGGGCGACUGCUCCCUCACCAUGGAGAACCCCUGGGCCAACUGCUCCUCCCCACUUCCCUGCUGGGAUUACAUCAAUAACCAGUGUGAUGAGCUGUGCAACACAGCUGAGUGCCUCUUUGACAACUUUGAAUGCCAGAGGAACAGCAAGACAUGCAACCCUCUGUAUGACAAAUACUGUGCAGACCACUACAAAGACAACCAUUGUGACCAGGGAUGCAAUAGUGAAGAGUGUGGCUGGGAUGGCCUGGACUGUGCUGCUGACCAGCCGGAGAACCUGGCAGAAGGAACUCUGGUCAUUGUGGUGCUGAUGCCACCUGAACAGCUGCUCCAGGAUGCUCGCAGCUUCUUGCGGGCACUGGGCACCCUGCUCCAUACCAACCUGCGCAUUAAACGGGACCCCCAGGGGGUCCUCAUGGUAUACCCCUAUUAUGGAGAAAAGUCAGCUGCCAUGAAGAAACAGAGGAUGACACGUAGGUCCCUUCCUGUUGAACAAGAGCAGGAGGUGGCUGGCUCUAAAAUAUUUCUGGAAAUUGAUAACCGCCAAUGCGUUCAAGAUUCAGACCAGUGCUUCAAGAAUACCGAUGCAGCAGCAGCUCUGCUGGCUUCUCACGCCAUCCAGGGGACCCUGUCAUAUCCUCUCGUAUCUGUCAUCAGUGAAUCCUGGACUCCAAAAAGCACUCAGCUCCUCUAUCUACUUGCUGUUGCUGUUGUCAUUAUCCUAUUUAUUAUCCUGCUGGGGGUAAUCAUGGCAAAACGAAAGCGUAAACAUGGCUCCCUCUGGCUGCCUGAAGGUUUCACCCUUCGCCGAGAAUCCAGCAAUCACAAGCGCCGUGAGCCAGUGGGACAGGAUGCCGUGGGGCUGAAAAACCUGUCAGUGCAAGUCUCAGAGGCUAACCUAAUUGGUUCUGGAACAAGUGAACAUUGGGUCGAUGCUGAAGGACCCCAGCCGAAGAAAGCCAAGGGUGAAGAUGAGGCUUUACUCUCGGAAGAAGAUGACCCCAUCGACCGGCGCCCAUGGACACAGCAGCACCUGGAAGCUGCAGAUAUCCGUAGGACACCAUCAUUGGCGCUCACUCCUCCUCAGGCAGAGCAGGAGGUCGAUGUGCUGGAUGUGAAUGUUCGUGGCCCAGAUGGCUGCACCCCACUGAUGCUGGCAUCUCUCCGAGGAGGCAGCUCAGACAUGAGUGAUGAAGAUGAAGAUGCAGAGGAUUCUUCUGCCAACAUCAUCACAGACUUGGUCUGCCAGGGUGCCAGCCUCCAGGCCCAGACAGACCGCACAGGCGAGAUGGCCCUGCACCUUGCUGCCCGCUACUCGAGAGCAGAUGCUGCCAAGCAUCUCCUGGAUGCAGGUGCAGAUGCCAAUGCUCAGGACAACAUGGGCCGCUGCCCUCUCCAUGCUGCAGUGGCAGCUGAUGCCCAGGGUGUCUUCCAGAUUCUGAUCCGCAACCGAGCAACUGAUCUAGAUGCCCGAAUGAAUGAUGGGACUACACCCCUGAUCCUGGCUGCCCGCCUGGCUGUGGAGGGAAUGGUAGCAGAGCUGAUCAACUGCCAAGCAGAUGUGAAUGCAGUGGAUGACCAUGGAAAAUCUGCUCUUCACUGGGCAGCUGCUGUUAAUAAUGUGGAGGCGACCCUUUUGCUGUUGAAAAAUGGAGCCAACAGAGACAUGCAAGACAACAAGGAAGAGACACCUCUGUUUCUUGCUGCCCGGGAAGGGAGCUAUGAGGCAGCUAAGAUCCUGUUAGACCACUUUGCCAACCGGGACAUCACAGACCACAUGGAUCGCCUCCCCCGGGAUGUGGCUCGGGACCGUAUGCAUCAUGACAUCGUGCGCCUCCUGGAUGAGUACAACGUGACACCAAGCCCUCCAGGCACUGUGCUGACUUCUGCUCUCUCACCUGUCAUUUGUGGACCCAACAGGUCUUUCCUCAGCCUGAAGCACACCCCUAUGGGCAAGAAGCCUAGACGGCCCAAUGCCAAGAGUGCCAUGCCUGCUAGCCUCCCUCACCUGGCCAAGGAGGCCAAGGAUCCCAAGGGUAAUAGGAGGAAGAAGUCUCUGAGCGACAAAGGCCAACUGUCUGAGAGCUCAGUGACUUUAUCCCCCGUUGAUUCCCUGGAGUCUCCUCACACAUAUGUUUCUGACACCACAUCUUCUCCAAUGAUUACAUCCCCUGGAAUUUUGCAGGCCUCACCACCCAACCCUCUGUUGGCCACUGCUGCCCCACCUGCCCCAGCCCACUCACAGCAUGCAUUGUCUUUCUCUAACCUUCAUGAAAUACAGCCUUUGGCUCAUGGGGCCAGCACUGUGCUUCCCUCAGUGAGCCAGUUACUGUCCCACCACCACAUUGUCCCUCCAGGCAGUGGCAGUGCUGGGAGCUUGGGUAGGCUGCAUCCAGUCACUGUCCCAGCAGACUGGAUGAACCGCAUGGAGAUGAAUGAAACCCAGUACAAUGAGAUGUUUGGUAUGGUCCUCACUCCAGCUGAGGGCACACACCCUGGCAUAGCUCCCCAGAGCAGGCCACCUGAUGGGAAGCACAUAACUACCCCUCGGGAGCCAUUGCCCCCCAUUGUGACUUUCCAGCUAAUCCCCAAAGGCAGUAUUGCCCAGCCAGCUGGGGCUCCUCAGCCGCAGCCUAACUGCCCUCCAGCUGUUGCAGGCCCCCUGCCUACUAUGUACCAGAUUCCAGAAAUGGCCCGUUUGCCAAAUGUGGCUUUUCCCACUGCCAUGAUGUCCCAGCAGGAUGGGCAGGUAGCUCAGACCAUUCUCCCAGCCUAUCAUCCUUUCCCAGCCUCUGUGGGCAAGUAUCCCACCCCCCCUUCACAGCACAGUUAUGCCUCCUCGAAUGCUGCUGAGCUGACACCCAGCCACAGUGGUCACCUCCAAGGUGAGCAUCCUUACCUGACACCAUCCCCAGAGUCUCCUGACCAGUGGUCAAGUUCGUCACCCCACUCUGCUUCUGACUGGUCAGAUGUGACUACCAGCCCUACUCCUGGGGGAGCUGGAGGAGGUCAGCGGGGACCUGGGACACACAUGUCUGAGCCACCACGCAGCAACAUGCAGGUCUAUGCGUGA